AUGAAGAGGCUUCAUUUGACCCGCGGCUUUUGCAUUGAGGGUGACGACGAGGAUAUUUGGGCCCAGGGCCACGAGUCCAUGCUGUACAGGAUGAAAUUUGAGCAAUGUGUGCUUGAUGGGCCCUUCUUGAAGCACGCACUACGUUGCUGCAAGAAUCUGGGCGAGCUAUUUCUCUCUCUCUUAGACCGCUUCCCCAGCCAGGGAAGAUAUAGGGUGAGUAUAGAUUUGGACAUGUAUGGGGAUGCCUUGAGAGAUUUCGGACAUAACCUUGUCAAGCUCGCUCUGUCCGGUUUCAACAGCAGUGCGUAUGCGAUUGUAGGCAAGAUCGGAUCUCUUCGACAGCUGGAGCGCCUGACAUACCUCGAAAUCGAGAGGCAAGUGCUUGGCGGUCACGAAGAAAACAAAAUGCCCAUUGCGGAAGUUUUGCCUCUCUCCUUGGAGUGUUUUCGUUGCUGUAUACAACGACACGAUGUUGGGUUAGUGUGGCAAGAAAAGGUCUCCGAGUUGGAAGACGAAAUGAUGCAUUUGAUUGAUAGCGGAAGAUUUCCUAAACUAUAA